AUGCGCCCUCCAUCGGGUCUCUCUCACCCUCCUGGUGUUGUUUGUCAUCUUCGCCGUGCUCUAUAUGGUCUCAAGCAGUCUCCUCGUGCUUGUACUAUUGAGGAGGUUAAGCAUCAGUUGUUUAAGGAGUUCGAGAUAAAGGAUUUAAGAUCUCUUCGAUAUUUUCUUGGUAUUGAGGUUGUUACUUCUCCUAGUGGAUAUCUUCUCUUUCAGACUAAGUAUGCCCGCGAUAUUCUUUCUUGUGCCAAUCUCACUGAUGACAAAAUUGUCGACACUCCUCUUGAGUUGCAUGCUAUGUUUUCUGCUUCUGAUGGCAUUCCUCUUGACGAUCCCACUUUGUACCGCGAGUUGGUUGGGUGCCUUGUUUAUCUCACUAUAGCCACUGAUGUGGCUGCCCGGGGAUUGGAUAUUCCUGAUGUUGAAGUAGUGAUAAAUUAUAGUUUUCCUCUCACAACAGAGGAUUAUAUCCACAGAAUAGGCAGGACUGGACGAGCUGAGUCUAAGCUUUAUGGGGCUCAUUUUAAGGAGAUUGCUGCUAAUGCUCCAAAAGCUACAAAAAUAACAUUUGACAGUUCUGAUGAUGAAACUUGA